CCAUGCCGGUCUUCCACACCCGCACGAUCGAGAGCAUCCUGGAGCCGGUGGCCCAGCAGAUCUCCCACCUGGUCAUCAUGCACGAGGAGGGCGAGGUGGACGGCAAGGCCAUCCCGGACCUCACCGCCCCGGUGGCCGCCGUGCAAGCCGCCGUCAGCAACCUGGUCCGGGUUGGAAAAGAAACUGUUCAGACAACCGAAGAUCAGAUUUUGAAGAGAGACAUGCCGCCCGCUUUCAUCAAGGUGGAGAAUGCGUGCACGAAACUUGUCCAGGCUGCCCAGAUGCUGCAGACCGACCCGUAUUCUGUACCUGCUCGCGAUUAUCUCAUUGACGGCUCGAGGGGCAUCCUUUCUGGCACCUCUGACCUGUUACUGACAUUUGACGAGGCGGAGGUACGCAAAAUCAUCCGUGUCUGCAAAGGAAUUCUAGAAUACCUGACUGUGGCUGAAGUGGUGGAGACGAUGGAAGACCUGGUGACCUACACAAAGAACCUGGGGCCAGGCAUGACCAAGAUGGCUAAGAUGAUUGACGAGCGCCAGCAAGAGCUGACUCACCAGGAGCACAGAGUCAUGUUGGUGAACUCCAUGAACACGGUGAAGGAACUCCUGCCGGUCCUCAUUUCGGCGAUGAAGAUUUUUGUGACCACCAAAAAUUCCAAAAGCCAAGGAAUAGAAGAGGCCUUGAAAAACCGCAACUUCACAGUGGAGAAGAUGAGUGGUGAAAUAAACGAAAUAAUCCGUGUGCUGCAGCUCACGUCAUGGGACGAAGAUGCAUGGGCCAGCAAGGACACCGAAGCCAUGAAGAGGGCGUUGGCCUUAAUCGAUUCCAAGAUGAACCAGGCCAAAGGCUGGCUGAGGGACCCAAAUGCUCCCGCAGGCGACUCCGGCGAACAGGCCAUUCGGCAGAUUCUGGAUGAAGCGGGGAAAGUCGGAGAGCUGUGUGCGGGCAAAGAACGCAGAGAGAUCCUGGGAACCUGUAAGAUGCUUGGCCAGUUGACCGAUCAAGUCGCCGACCUGAGAGCCAGAGGACAAGGUGCUACGCCGCUCGCCAUGCAGAAGGCCCAGCAGGUGUCCCAAGGUUUGGAUUUACUCACCGCAAAAGUGGAAAAUGCGGCUCGCAAGCUGGAAGCGAUGACCAAUUCCAAGCAGGCCAUUGCCAAAAAAAUCGACGCGGCUCAGAGCUGGCUAGCAGAUCCUUACGGGAGCAGCGAAGGGGAGGAGCACAUUCGGGGAAUUAUGGCCGAAGCCAGGAAGAUUGCGGAGCUCUGCGAAGAUCCCAAAGAGAGAGACGAUAUUCUGCGGUCCCUGGGAGAAAUCUCCGCUCUGACAGCUAAGUUGUCAGACCUCCGGAAACACGGAAAGGGAGAUUCCCCGGAAGCCCGUGCCUUAGCUAAGCAGAUUGCCACCUCGCUCCAGAACCUGCAGUCGAAAACCAACAGGGUGGUUGCCAACAGCAGGCCGGUCAAAGCUGCAGUCCAUCUGGAAGGCAAGAUCGAGCAAGCUCAGCGGUGGAUAGACAAUCCCACCGUCUACGACCGUGGAGUCGGUCAGGCCGCUAUCCGAGGGCUCGUGGCUGAAGGUCGCCGCCUUGCCAACGUCAUGAUGGGCCCGUACCGCCAAGACCUGAUUGCCAGAUGUGACCGUGUGGAACAGCUGGCUGCCCAGCUGGCUGAUCUGGCCGCCAGAGGGGAAGGGGAGUCUCCUCAAGCCAGGACCCUCGCUGCGCAACUGCAGGAAUCGUUAAAGGAUCUGAAAUCGAGGAUGCAGGAAGCCAUGACCCAGGAAGUGUCCGACGUGUUUAGCGACACCACCACUCCCAUCAAGCUGCUGGCCGUGGCAGCCACGGCGCCUCCGGAUGCGCCAAACAGGGAUGAGGUGUUUGAUGAACGGGCGGCCAACUUUGAAAAUCACGCGGCUCGGCUUGGCGCCACUGCGGAAAAAGCCGCUGCGGUUGGGACCGCAAACAAAAGUACCGUAGAAGGCAUACAAGCCACUGUGAAGUCGGCAAGGGAACUCACACCUCAGGUGGUAUCUGCUGCUCGCAUUCUCCUAAGAAACCCGGGGAAUCAAGCUGCUUACGAGCACUUUGAGACCAUGAAGAACCAGUGGAUUGACAACGUGGAGAAAAUGACAGGACUGGUGGAUGAAGCCAUUGAUACCAAGUCACUGUUGGAUGCAUCGGAGGAAGCCAUUAAGAAAGACCUGGAUAAAUGCAAAGUUGCUAUGGCCAACAUUCAGCCUCAGAUGCUUGUUGCCGGAGCUACCAGCAUUGCCCGGCGAGCCAACCGGAUUUUAUUAGUGGCCAAGAAGGAGGUGGAGAACUCGGAGGACCCCAAGUUCCGGGAAGCUGUUAAAGCUGCCUCUGAUGACCUGAGCAAAACCAUCUCGCCGAUGGUGAUGGAUGCUAAAGCUGUGGCCGGCAACAUUUCGGAUCCUGGUUUGCAAAAGAACUUCCUGGAUUCUGGAUAUCGGAUCUUGGGAGCCGUGGCCAAAGUCCGGGAAGCUUUUCAGCCCCAGGAGCCUGACUUCCCCCCUCCCCCUCCUGAUCUCGAGCAGCUUCAUCUCACCGAUGAACUGGCUCCUCCAAAGCCCCCCUUGCCGGAGGGGGAGGUCCCUCCUCCCCGUCCCCCUCCCCCUGAAGAGAAGGACGAAGAGUUCCCUGAGCAGAAGGCAGGGGAGGUGCUGAACCAGCCCAUGAUGAUGGCAGCCAGGCAGCUUCACGACGAAGCCAGGAAGUGGUCCAGCAAGCCUGAAGUGACUGAGGAGGUUAAGGAGGCCCCUGAGGUUGGUGUAGAUGUAGAUCAGGAGGAGGAGGAGGAGGAGGAGGAGGAAGCAGAUGUUGAAUUCACUCUCCCCUCUGACAUUGAAGACGAUUACGAGCCUGAGCUUCUCUUAAUGCCAACCAACCAGCCCGUUAACCAGCCCAUUCUGGCCGCGGCUCAGUCUCUGCACCGGGAAGCCACCAAAUGGUCCAGUAAGGGUAAUGACAUCAUCGCCGCCGCCAAGCGGAUGGCCCUGCUGAUGGCCGAGAUGUCCCGCUUGGUGAGGGGCGGCAGCGGGAACAAGCGGGCCCUGAUCCAGUGCGCCAAGGACAUUGCCAAGGCUUCGGACGAGGUGACCCGGCUGGCCAAGGAGGUGGCGAAGCAGUGCACCGACAAGCGCAUCAGAACCAACCUUUUGCAGGUCUGCGAACGGAUCCCGACCAUCAGCACUCAGCUCAAGAUCCUUUCCACUGUCAAAGCGACUAUGUUGGGUCGGACCAACAUCAGCGACGAGGAGUCUGAACAGGCGACUGAGAUGUUGGUUCACAAUGCCCAGAACCUGAUGCAGUCUGUUAAGGAGACCGUCCGAGAAGCCGAGGCGGCAUCUAUUAAGAUCAGAACGGAUGCUGGAUUCACUCUACGCUGGGUCAGGAAAACCCCGUGGUACCAGUAGAGAGCUGCUCUCUCC